AGCGGAUAAAUAAAUUAAAUAAUAAUUUCGAAGAAAGGUGUGCAACACCGUCGAGCGUGUUUUUCUUUUCAUACGUCAAAAACGCAAGUCCAGACGUUUUCAAAAUGGGUAAGGUUAAGUGUUCGGAAUUGCGAACGAAGGACAAGAAGGAGUUGUUCAAGCAACUCGAGGAGUUAAAAACAGAAUUGACCAAUCUCCGUGUUGCUAAAGUUACCGGAGGAGUUGCAUCAAAACUGUCCAAAAUCCGCGUUGUAAGGAAAGCUAUUGCACGCGUGUACAUUGUUUACCACCAAAAAAUGAAGGUUAACCUUCGUAACCACUACAAGAACAAGAAGUAUAAGCCCCUAGACCUGAGGACCAAGAGAACUCGUGCUAUGCGCAAAGCACUCACCAAGCAUGAAUCUAAAAUCAAAACAAGGAAAGAGAUCAGAAAGAAGUCUCUGUUCCCCCCACGAGUAUAUGCAGUCAAGGCUUAAAUUAAAUGUUUAAGUAAUA